AUGAAGGGUGUGGCGAGAGACCCAGCCCCAGCCCCGCCCAAGCCCUUCAUGCAGGGACCCUGGGCUAUGGAGAUCCCACUGCACUUGGGAGUUAGCGGGGUGGGCCAUGGCGUCAUCAAACCUCCCUCGGAGGAAGAUCCUAUAACGAUACACGCCCUACGGAUGGAGACACAAGGCCCAGAGGCCCUGAGUGACCUGCCCACGGUCACGACAGGACUGAACCCCAGCCCCCCACCUGACUCCAGAGCUCAGAUCCUGCCCCCAGGUUCCCAGCUGCCCCCAGUGCCCUGCCCACCCUGGCCGAGCCCUCCUGACUCAUCCAGCCUCCUCCCUGGGGAGCUCCGAGCCUACUUGAAUCAGCCAGGCUCCAGCCCCACGACCUGCACCCCAAGACUCAGCAUUGGCCAUUGUGAGCUGAGGAGCCCUCAGGUUCUGCAGUCAAGGCCACAGGGCCAGCACUCUCCCGGCCAGGCCUCCCAGCCAGGCUCCUCUCUGAUCAACGGGCCCCGGCCUGGCUUGGCUUCUGCAGGCCUAGUGCCUGUCUUCUUCCUCUGGGCCUUUGGGGUCCCACCCACACCCCCAGCCACCAUCCAGGCUCAGAGGCAGCCCGUGUGUGACAUCCCCGUAGGGCAAAGCGAUUCCAGCCGCCAAAAGCACGGCGUUGUGCCGGGACUGGCGGUGAAGGGUCGGCCUUCGUACAGCUACCCACGAAGGCGGGAACUGGGCCGCGCGAGACCUGCCCGGAGCUCCCAGGCUGCCCCGGGGCUGUUCCCAGGGUUCCCUGCGGCCACGCCCCUGGAGCCCCACGGAGGCCGUUGCCGCUUCCCGGAAGCGCGCGGCGCUCGCCCGCCCGGGCGCGCCCCCGUGGGCUUCCCGUGGUACCGCUUCGCCUGGACUGCUCAGGUCUUCACCGCCAGUAGUGCCCUGGACGUCCUGGUGAUAGUUUUGUACUUCCUGUUGGUUCUGACCAUCGCGCUGUGGGCUAUAUUGUCAAGCAGUCAUGGGACAGUAGAAGACUUCUUCUUGGCUGGCCGAAAUCUAGCAUGGUGGCAGGUGAGUGCUUUUCUUUUUGCCUCAAAUAUUGGCACUGGGCACUUUAUGGGCCUGGCUGGAAAGAGGGUGUCUUCAGGGAUUGCUGUUGGAGCCUUCGAGUGGAAUGCUCCAUUUAUGCUCUGUGUUCUUGGUUGGGUAUUUUCUCCCAUUUACAUUAAGGCUGGGGUAGUAACAUUGCCCAAAUAUUUGAGGAAGAGGUUUGGUGGCUACUGGAUCCAGUUCCUCCUCGCUAUUCUGUACUUAUUCCUUUAUAUCUUCAGUAAGAUCUCGAGAACCCUGGGCGUCAUGUCAUCAGCCUUUAAGGAGGUGGGAGGAUACCAAGAGCUACAGCAUAAGUACAUGGAUGCUAAGCCCACCCUCAUCCGUGAAGGAAACUGGACCGCCCAGCCGGAAUGCUUCAUUCCUCAUCUGGAUUCUUUCCAUAUCUUCCAAGAUCCCACCACUGAAGACAUCCCCUAGCCUGGAGUCAUCUUUGGCAUCUCCACCCUCUCCUUGUACUACUGGUGCACCGACCAGAUUUUUGUCCAGGACUGCCUGGCAGGGAAGAACAUGUCUCAUGUGAAAGGCGGCUGUGUCUUGUGUGGGUACCUGAAGCUACUGCCCAUGUUCAGCGUAGUGAUGCCAGGGAUGAUCAGCCGCGUCCUGUACACAGAUAAAGUGGCGUGUGUUGUGCCUUCGGAGUGUGAAAAGUGCUGUGGCGCCAGAACUGGCUGCAACCCCCUCGCCUACCCCGUGCUGGUGGUGGACCUGCUGCCCAAUGGCGUUCGAGGCUUGAUGGUGUCUGCACUCUGGGCCUCUCUCAUGUCCUCCCUGACUUCUCUUUUCAGCGGUGCCAGUGCCAUGUUCACAAUGGACAUCUACACCCAGAUACGGCUGAUGGCCACUGAAAAGGAACUCAUGCUAACAGGAAGGUUUUUUGUUAUAAUCUUACUUGCUCUCUCCAUUGCAUGGAUCCCUGCUAUACAAAUGGCACACAGGGAACAACUGCAAGCAGUUUUAAGUUACCUGACGCCGCCCAUUGCUGCCAUCUUCCUGCUUACCAUAUUUUGCAAGAGAAUCACUGAGCAGGGUGCCUUCUGGGGGCUGACUGGUGGACUUCUGAUUGGCUUCUGCCGCAUGGUGUCAGAGUUUGCCUACGGGGCCUGGAGCUGCUCGACAAACAGCAGGUGCCCUCGGAUCAGCUGCAGCGUGCACUACCUCUACUUUGCCGUCAUUCUCUUCACCAUCAGUCUUUUCACCAUCCUGGGGACCUCCUUGUUCACAGACCCGAUUCCAGAUAAACAUCUACACCGCCUCUGUUGGAGUUUAUGGAACAGCCAAGAGGAAAGGGUCCAUCUGGACAAAGACACACAAGGGAAGAGCCCCACACCGCAGGCACAGCCAGACAUAUUUAAGGAGGCCAGGAGCUGCCUCUGGAAGGCCUGGGACGUGUUCUGCGGCCUGGAGCCACUGCCAGGCCCCAGACUCACCCCGGAAGAGGGAGUCAUGCAGAAGAUGGAGUGUGGUGACACGGAAGGGACACAGCACAGUGCCACUUCUGAAGGGACAGAGAAGCGUGACAUGCUGGAAGGAACAAAGCUCCGAGGCAUGCCAGAGAUGUCCCACUGGAGAGAAGUGCCCGACGUCUGUGGGUCCCUCCGGGUGUCACUCACAGCGCUCUGCCACGUCUACGUCUCGGAGGCGGCCUGCGGGGACGUCUGGGGAGCAGGCAAACCGCUGCCUCUUGCAAACGCCCUCAUCGUCGAGGGGAGGAAACGUUUCCUACAGGGAGACCCACGGACGUGGACCAAGGAUCACACUGAUGAAAAUGAGCCCGCAGCAUCAACGCUGCAGGCUGAUGGGCGGCGAAGCCCACUGCCUAGCUUCUCCACCCCUCCAACCCCCCGCACCCCCACCGAGGGCUCUCCAGCCUCCUUAGCCAGUUUCACUGCAGAAGAAGCAAGAUGCUUGGCCCUGCUCUGUGCUUUCCCAGGGGACUCAACCACAGCAGACAGCAGGGAUGCCACGCACCCGGCCCUGGACCCUGGGUUCAGCCUGUGA